UGGCAGGAAACAGGAAAUGUAAAUGUUCGGGUGCAGCCGGGAGCCGGCCCGGGCGCCCCUCAGGUGGGAGCUCCGCCAGGGCAAGAUGCAAAAGCAAAACCUCAUCCUGCUGCUUUCUGCCCUGGUGCUGGCCAGAGGAUCUGCUGAGAAUGGCUCUGAAAAUGAUGGCUCAGGAGAUGGAUCACCAAUAUUACCAACUUUUACAGUAACACCUCCACCUGCUACACACACCUCAACUGUGGAUGACCAUGAGCCAGAACUUGCCACUGCGAGUGCUACUGAAAGCAGUAGUGAAAUAGAAAAUACUCCAAGUACUGAACUGAAUGCCUUGAACGACCAGGACAGCCUAGAAGCUGCAGAACAGCCUAUCUUAAUAUAUGCAGUCCCUGUUGUGCUGCUGGCCUUGCUGAUUUUGCUGAUCCCAUUUUUUGUAAUACAUCACAAAAGGAAAAAGUCUAAGCAAGAUGAGCUGGGGAGUGAAAAUGUGAAAAGUCCUAUCUUUGAAGAAGACACCCCCUCUGUUAUGGAGAUAGAAAUGGAAGAGCUUGAUAAAUGGAUGAACAGCCUGAACAAAAAUGCUGACUGUGAAUGUUUGCCUACUGUAAGAGAAGAGGAAAAAGAAUCAAUCGCCAACCCAAGAAUGAAAGUUGUCCCAAAACUACUUUUCAGAGACUUCUGCUGAGGAGCUAUCAACUGGACUGACAAGCCAGCUCUGAGGACAGACAGAGCAGCUGAAAACCUCUCAAAGGAUCUAAUGGAAGCAACUGCAGCCCAGUGAGGACAUGGUCCUUAUAGCAUGGUUUUUGGUUUUCAAAGUAAAGGAAUUGUAUUGGUGAAAUAUUAUUUUGAGAUUGCCUUACAGUUCAUUACCUCCACAUAUUAGCACCCCAAGCCAGCUCACAAUUUAUCCCUCCUCCUUGCCCAGUGCUGUUGUUUACAACCACCUCCUUAUUAAAACACUCAACUUGAAAACAUUUCAUUUUAAAAAAUCAGAGGUUGAAAAAUCAAGUACUCACACCAAAUACAAGUUUAGGUAAGUACAUGUUUUGUGGAACUAUUUGGUCAUGGUUUUCAGGGGCAAAAGUAUUUCUGCUCCUUUUGGUUUUGAAUAUUGAUCUUGGAAUAUCUGAAAGACAUUGACUUCUAAACAUUUCAACUUUAAUUACACUGGGAAAAAAAACCCAAAACACUUCAACAUGGGAAUUCAAAUAUUAUGAUUGUGCCCAUUGAUUUUAAGUGGUUUGUCUCUUAUGGAUGUAGUUUAAAUAUGUAAAACACAGAAAAGUGGAUCCUUGUCUGUUCAAAGCUUCCCCUGCCUUAUUUUAAAUAUUAAAUUCACAUCCUACCAUAUCUCAUAUCCUCCCAUAUCCUACCUAUCCUCAUCUUUGUCUUCCCACUCAAUAAAUGUUUAAAUCUGUUUCAUUUUGCCUGCAAAUAUUUCACUAAUGUGAUGUCAUGCACAGCUUGGUUAAAGAGAUCAAACAAAUGCCCCAGCCCCCUGGGAUGACAUCUGAGUGUCACCAAUAGCUGACAAAUACAGAGGAGGGUUCAGCUUUACAAUUAAUUGAGGAUGUGUCAAAAU